AUGCUGAAUAAAUAUGAGCCUCUUACCACACCACAGAAGAAGGAAAAAAAAAAAAUCAAGUAUUUUAAUUUGGUCUGCGGGCUGGCGGUCACCGAUCUCUUGGGGACCUGCCUGGUGAGUCCGGUCACUAUCGCCACGUACCUGCAGAACCGCUGGCCGGGAGGACCAGCGCUGUGUGAGUACAGCUCCUUCAUCCUCCUCUUCUUUGGACUUUCUGGCCUCAGCAUUAUCUGUGCCAUGUCUAUAGAGAGGUACCUGGCCAUCAACCAUGCCUAUUUCUACAACCAUUAUGUAGACAAGAAGCUGGCAGGGCUCACGCUCUUUGCCAUCUAUGCUUCCAACGUGCUGUUCUGCGCCCUCCCCAGCAUGGGACUCGGCAAAUCUACGUUGCAGUACCCUCACACUUGGUGUUUCAUAGACUGGCACGCAAAGGAGGCCACCCAUGCGGCAUAUUCCUACAUGUACGCUGGCUUCAGCUCCUUCCUAAUCAUGGUCACUGUGAUCUGCAACAUCCUGGUGUGUGUGGCCCUCAUUCGCAUGCACCGCCAGUUCAUGCGACGCAUGUCCUUGGGGACAGACACCACCUCCAGCCGUUUAUCUGACUUUCGCAGACGCCGGAGCUUCCGUCGGAUGGCUGGAGCAGAGAUCCAGAUGGUUAUUCUGCUCAUUGCCACUUCCCUGGUGGUGGUCAUCUGCUCCAUUCCUCUGGUGGGUACAGCAGUCCUUGAUGUGCAUGCGGAAGGAGGAGAGAGCUCCGUUCACUUGGCACCAGCAACACAAAGAGUGCUUCACACCCAAAACCUGAGUCGAGCUUCCCCUCCUGAGGGAUUCACCCACCAUCUCUGGGUAGAUCCCACACUUCUACAUACCUCCAGCAGUUUCCCCACUGUGGGAGGAGUAAACUCAGUGGAACGACCCAUCAGUGUAAUUCUCAGUUAA